UCCGAUUACUGCGGGAUUGCUUUCGUCAUCGUUUAUACAAAUCCAAGAUGGACGGAAAGAAUUUCUCUUUGUAAGAAUACGAUUUAGUGAAAAAAUGGGGACGACGGAUUGUGAGUUCAUACCACCUCCAGAGGCUCCGAUUUUUAGACCUACGCCAGAAGAAUUUAAGGAUCCUUUAGGUUAUAUAUCGAAAAUCAGACCGAUAGCCGAACAAACUGGUAUCUGUAAAAUCAAACCACCUCCGGAUUGGCAGCCACCAUUUGUAGUGGAUGUUGACAACUUUAGAUUUACACCAAGAGUUCAAAGAUUGAAUGAAUUAGAGGCUACUACAAGAAUAAAACUAAAUUUUCUGGAUAAAAUUGCUAAGUUUUGGGAAUUGCAGGGAUCAUCAUUAAAAAUCCCAAAUGUGGAAAGGAAAGCAUUGGAUCUCUAUACUUUACAUAAAAUUGUUAAAGAAGAAGGUGGAAUGGAAGUUGUUACAAAGGAGAGAAGAUGGGCUAAAAUAGCUUCUCGCAUGGGCUAUCCACAUGGACGUAGUAUUGGGUCAUUGCUAAGGCAGCAUUAUGAACGCAUUCUUUAUCCGUAUGAUAUAUUUAAAAGUGGAGCAAGCAUAAGAGAGAUUAAUAUUAGUGAAGAAACAGAAGAUUCAGAUAAAAAAGACAAAGAUUACAUUCCUCAUGGUAUUCCUUCUCGUCAAGCUAUUAAACCACCUCCAGAACAGUAUUCCAGGCGAUCUAAACGUCAUGCUAAAGAAUCUGACAUAGAUGAUAUUGAUUAUUCUACUAACAAUGAACUAAAAAAAUUGCAGUUUUACGGAGCUGGUCCAAAAAUGCCAGGUUUCUGUGCACAGACAAAACAAGAAGUAGAAGAAUGCACAAAAUCACAAAUGUUAAUUAAGCGUAAAGAAAAAGGAAAGUGCAAAUCAACACCUAUCUAUAGAACCAAUCAACAUGCUGGAGAGUUUGUAAUAACUUUUCCCAGGUCAUAUCAUGCUGGGUUUAAUCAGGGUUAUAACUUUGCUGAAGCUGUUAAUUUUGCACCAGCUGAUUGGUUACCAAUUGGAAGAGUGUGUAUUUCACAUUACAGUAUGCUUCAUCGGUUUUGUGUGUUUUCACAUGAUGAAUUGGUAUGCAAAAUGGCAGCAGAUCCAGAAAGAUUGGAUAUUAGUCUUGCUGCUGCAACUUAUCAAGAUAUGUUAAAAAUGGUUGAAACUGAUAAUGAAGUUAGAAAACCUCAGGAAGCUUUUGGAUUUGAGCAGGCUCAACGUGAAUAUACACUUCAAGAAUUUGGUGAAAUGGCUGAUAAAUUCAAAUCAAAUUAUUUCAAUAUGGCUGUUCAUGAACUCAUUCAAGAAGCAGAAGAAAAGAAAUUUCCAAAAAGUGAUUUGCUAGUAGCACUAGAAACAGCAAUUCAAGAUGCUGAAAAAUGCGCAUCAGUUGCACAACAGUUGUUAAGUCGUAAGGUCAGAACAAGAAAUCGGCAGUCAACUGAAAACAAAUGCAGUUCUCAAUUGACAUUAGAAGAUCUCCAGUUAUUUUAUGAAAAGAUAUGUAAUCUUGCCUGUGAAAUAAAGGAAACAGUUCUUAUUAAAAAAAAUAAAUUAUCUUACUUUCAGAUUCCUUGGACGUAUGUAGGAAUGUGUUUUGCAACAUUUUGCUGGCAUAAUGAAGAUCAUUGGAGCUAUUCAAUCAACUAUUUACAUUGGGGCGAACCGAAAACUUGGUAUGGUGUACCAGGAGAUAAAGCUGAAGCCUUUGAAGAUUCAAUGAGAUCAGCAGCUCCUGAAUUAUUUCGUUCACAACCAGAUUUAUUGCAUCAGUUAGUAACUAUAAUGAAUCCAAACAUUCUUAUGUCAGCUGGUGUUCCAAUCUAUAGAACCAAUCAACAUGCUGGAGAGUUUGUAAUAACUUUUCCCAGGUCAUAUCAUGCUGGGUUUAAUCAGGGUUAUAACUUUGCUGAAGCUGUUAAUUUUGCACCAGCUGAUUGGUUACCAAUUGGAAGAGUGUGUAUUUCACAUUACAGUAUGCUUCAUCGGUUUUGUGUGUUUUCACAUGAUGAAUUGGUAUGCAAAAUGGCAGCAGAUCCAGAAAGAUUGGAUAUUAGUCUUGCUGCUGCAACUUAUCAAGAUAUGUUAAAAAUGGUUGAAACUGAAAGAGAGUAUAGAAAGUCUCUUCUUGAAUGGGGUGUCACCGAAGCUGAGCGAGAAGCAUUUGAAUUAUUGCCUGAUGAUGAAAGACAGUGUGAUUACUGUAAAACUACUUGCUUUUUAUCUGCAGUUACUUGUAAUUGUAAUAGUAGUAAAUUGGUAUGUAUCACUCACAAGGACAGAUUAUGUCAUUGUUCACCUGAAGAACACUGUCUUAGAUAUAGAUACACCCUAGAUGAAUUACCUGUAAUGCUACACAGACUGAAAGUGAGAGCAGAAUCAUUUGAUAAUUGGGCAAUAAAAGUAAAGAAUGCAUUAGAAGCAACAGAAGGGAAUAAACUUGAAAUUUUAGAAUUAAAGGAACUCAUUCAAGAAGCAGAAGAAAAGAAAUUUCCAAAAAGUGAUUUGCUAGUAGCACUAGAAACAGCAAUUCAAGAUGCUGAAAAAUGCGCAUCAGUUGCACAACAGUUGUUAAGUCGUAAGGUCAGAACAAGUUCUGAGAACAUAAUGGCACAGCAUACAAUCAAUAUUGAGAUAGUCAUAUCUAUAGAUCAAAUUGUUUGUCAUACAUGUGGCCGCGGAGAUGCUGAAGAAAGUAUGUUACUUUGUGAUGGGUGUGAUGAUAGUUAUCAUACAUUUUGUCUGGUACCUCCACUUAAUGAAAUUCCAAAGGGAGAUUGGAGAUGUCCAAAAUGUGUUGCUGAGAUAGAUCAAAUUGUUUGUCAUACGUGUGGCCGCGGAGAUGCUGAAGAAAGUAUGUUACUUUGUGAUGGGUGUGAUGAUAGUUAUCAUACAUUUUGUCUGGUACCUCCACUUAAUGAAAUUCCAAAGGGAGAUUGGAGAUGUCCAAAAUGUGUUGCUGAGUAUGUCAUUCUUAUUAAAGAUUUGUUAGACAGAGUUCUUGGUUUUGAAAGAGAUGCAAAAGUUUUGCUUUCUGAAGAUAUGACUGAUUUGAAGAAACUUGAAAAACAAUUAGAUAUUGGACUGAGUUUGGAUGUUGAUCUGUCUGAAAUUCCUAAACUUAAACAAAAAUUACAACAAACUCAAUGGUUAGAAGAAGUCAGAAUUUCAUUAUCUAAUCCACAACAAGUAACAUUAGAUACAUUAAGAAAGCUCUUAGAUAUGGGUGUUAAUAUACCACCACAUCAGCUAGUAGAGAAAACUAUGGGAGAUCUACAAGAAAUGCUAACUACAGGCGAAAAAUGGGAGGAGAAGGCAAAGACAUGUCUUCAAGCAAAACCAUAUAAUAAUUUAUCAGUGUUAGAAACAAUUGUGAAUGAAACAAGUCUUUUACCUGUACAUUUACCGAAUACACUCAAUGUUAAAGAUGCUGUGAAGAAAGCAAAAGAAUGGAUUGCAAAAGUUGAACAAGUAAUGAAUGGAGAUCACUACACGUAUUUGGAAAUAGUUGAAUAUCUUGUACAAAAAGGUCGACCCAUUCCUGUACAUUUAGAGCAGCUGCAACAUUUAGAAGUUCAAGUAGAAGUUGCAACUGCAUGGAAAGAAAGAACAUCUCGCACUUUUCUGAAAAAAAAUUCUUACUACACAUUAAUGGAGGUAAACAAUAUUUAUUUGGAAUCUUAUUUAGCUAAUUGUGUGCCUCUUCCAAAAUCUGCCUCUUCAAAGAAACAAUCUGCAACAAAUACAGUAUCUCAUUUGGUACAUGAGGUCAAGUUCCUAUGUCCUAUGUGCAUGCGUUCAAGAAGACCACGUUUAGAAACGAUACUAGCACUUUUAGUAUCUUUACAAAAAUUACCAGUAAGGUUACCAGAAGGAGAAGCUUUGCAAAAUUUAACGGAAAGAGCUAUGACUUGGCAGGAUAAUGCAAGACAAGCUCUUGCAACAGAAGAAUUGGCAGCUGCUUUGGCAAAGUUAUCAGUUAUUUCACAGCGUAAAGUAGAACAAGCAGCAAGAGAAAAAACAGAAAAAAUUAUUAGCAAAGAAUUAAUGAAGGCUGCCAGCAAUCCAGAAUUGAAACCUCAUCUUCAAAAUGUAGCCCAAACUGCAUUUUCUGGUUUGCAGCAAACUAACAAAGAAAUAGAUGAGAAAGAUAUUGGUAAUUCAUUAGGAAAUAUUCCUGAAAGUGAAGUACCACCUGUAGCAACUGAACAAGAAGUACCAUCUAGUGAACCAGCCUUAAUUAUGGAUGUUGAAACAACUGUUGAAAAUGGAAAUGAUAUUACUAAUAUUGCUAAUGGGCAUGAUGAUUCAGAGAUCCCAUUAAAUUAUAAUUUGGAACAUGCUUAUUCUUCAGCAUCAAAAUCAACAACAGGAGUUACUCCAAGAAAGCAUGCAAGAAAAUCUCCAUUAAUACCUAGACAGUUAGAAAGUCCAGUUUUACAAUUAUCUGAUGUAGCAAAAGCUCAGUUAGAAGAAUUGAUGAUGGAAGGUGAUUUAUUAGAAGUAUCUCUAGAUGAAACACAACAUAUUUGGCGAAUUCUUCAAGCAACUAGACUUAAUAGAGAUCCAUUAACAUCCUUAGAUCCAUUUUCUGAACCUGAAGAAACUGACUCAUCCAAUCAAACACAUAAAAAGAAAUUUAAGAAAAGGAAGCUUGAAGAUUGUAAAGGAAUUGAGAAAAUGAAAUUUCAAACUAAAUCUAAAUUAUCCAGUAUUAAAGAAAAUGGUAAACCAAGGAAGAAACGAAUGAAAAUUAAUAAAUUCAAUGAUGAGAAAACGGGGAAUUGUACAGCACAUACAAACAAUACAAGAUCAAAUAAUAGUGUAAAUAUGGGGAAUAAUAAUGCUGAACAUGAGAUUAAAAACUCAGUAAAAAAACAAUUAAAAAUUAAAAAUGAACCUAACGACUUAAAAGAAAAAAAAGAAAAUGGUGUAACUAUCAAAAAAGAUGGACCAAAAAUUAAUAGGACCAAGCAAAAAUUGCUUGAAAAACCAAAGAUUAAAAAAAGUAGUUUAACAAGUAGGGCUAAAAUAACUAGCUCAAAAAAGGGAAGAAGAGAAAAUAAUGGUGAUGAUGCUGGAGAUGACUUUUGUUCAGCAACGAGAUGUCUACGUCCUACAGGAGAAGCUGUUAAUUGGGUCCAAUGUGAUGGUGGUUGUGAAGAAUGGUUUCAUUUAUUAUGUGUUGGAUUGAAUGUCACUGAUAUUAGUGAAUCUGAAGAUUAUAUUUGUCCUCAUUGUACACAUAGGCAAAAUGGGGUAAAAUUAGAAAGUGAAGAUGAAAAUUCAAAUGCAGAAAAAGAAUCUCAACAGUUUAAUACUUCAUUAUCAACUGAAGAAAUGUGUGAGUCACAGAAAAGUAAUGGUGUCUUUGAGGAAUGUGAAUUUAUUCAACAAGAACAGCUUAUCAAACAGGAAUCGUGUCAUUUGGAUUCAUGUCUAAGUAGAUCAUCAGUUCAUGAUUGUAUUAAUGUGGAUGUUAAUUGUGAUAACUUCACAUCUUGUGAGAGUGUUCUUAUGAAGGUCGAACCAACAUCGGAAAUUAAUAUUAGUUAAAAAUCUUUGUUGUAGUAUAUUAUAUCACUGUAGUUAGUUUUGGAGCUUAAGUUUGGGUAAAUCAUAAAAUGGAAAAUUCCUAUCAUCUGUAUUCCUGCCAGGAAUGAUCCUCUUGGAUCCUUGUACUUUACCAAACUUUCCAAUGUCACUGUAUACAUCAGAAAAUUUAAGUUUUUGUGAAAAUGUUUAUUGCACCACCCCAUUUAGAAAUAACUCACCAAACAUCAGUACGAAUACUGGUAUUUGUGAUUGUUCAGCAUCUUGUCCACUUUUACAAGUAGUAUUUGUGAAAAAAAACAAUUUGGAUUUUUUUCAUCUCAUUGGUAUCUAGGUGGGUCAAAGGUUUGACAAGAAGAGAAACACAAUGUGAUAUCUCUAAAAUGGUGAAAGCAUAAGUGUCUCUUCUUUUGCAUUUUAACAUUGUUUAUAUCCUGACAUGUAAUCGACAUGCAAGAUGUCAUUGCUGAAAUGCAAUACCAUUUGCUACUGCACGAAAAAACUAAUGUCUAGUUAGAUAGGAUACUGCUGAAGAAAGAAUGGUUUAUAAAACUGGACUGUUUAUAUAGCAGUCAACCAACUCUGACUAUAUUUGUGUUUAGUAAGUUAUCUCAUACUGAACUGGAUUUGUUUUCUGAAUUUCAGGAAGAAAAAAAAUUUCAUCAUUCAGUAUAUUGCAUUUGAAGUGUCAUUUGGCAUAAGUGUUUCAAUAAGAAAUUUAAAUGUAUCAUUUUCAAAUGUAAAAUUGCAUUGUAGUAUUAAUUUUUAUAUGUGAUGAUUAAUUGAAAAUAUCAGUAAAUUAUAGCUGGGUUUGUGCUUUUGUUUAUUUGUUGCUUCUUCAGUUUGUCAGUGUUUUCAGUUGUGAUCAUGAUGCAUAAGUGUAGAUUUACAUCACAUCACAUAAUAAAAUUUUUUGUUCCUCUGCUGUA